AUGGAUUUGAAUGGAGUCUUGCUGAAAGUCUGGUUGAUGGCAUAUGAAAAGAAUUAGCUAAAACUUACUUGAAUUAUUAUAUCUUGUAUUUUGUUUCUUUUGAUCAGUCGAUCCUUACUGACAUUCUUUUGCUUUGAUAUUUUUGCAGUCAACACACAUGGCCUCUCAGCAGAUAACAGAAGAAGCUGUUUACCUUUGCACUGGAAAUCCAUUGCCCAAAGACAUUGAUCAAAUAUCUUACUGGCUUCUAAAUGAACAAUAUUCAGAGAGCUUUAAAAGAAUUAAUGAUAUGAAAACAAGGAAAGGACUGGCCCUUGUUGAUAUUGUAAGAGAAGUGACAAUAGAUAUUAGGAUCAAGGAGAGAAGGUUGAAUUUUCAGGGCCCCUAAUAUCUCAAAUGCAUAUAGUUGAUGAUCUCUUAGAAAGAUACGAGCGCCACAUUCGGCAUACAGUCCGAAGAUCAUGGUUUCAGAGAGGUAUGUGACAGUAAUAUCAAGAUUGUUGCCAUAAAAACAAGCACAUGUUUGUGCUACUUUCAAUUCUAUCUCAUCCCCCUAAUUUUGUGUCUAUAAUGUUAACUUAUUAAGGAACCAUUUUUGACGUGCGAUUCUGGGAUUGCAGGUAAGAAGCACGGGAAUUAGAGUAACAGAAAGAGUAAAAUUUUAUUCAUAUGGCACUAUAGAUGGACAUAGAUCCUUAUUAUGUUAUGGAACAAUGGUUAUGAAUUAGUAACUAAAUUGGUUGAAUGUUGUGAUUUAAAGGUUAUUUUGUCUAUGGUUUAUAGCUUUUCCCUUGGGAAGAAUCUUACAUGCCUGACACACAAAUAUAUCCGAUGGCUUUUAUGGUCCCUUAAUUUGUGUUGUUGCUACUUAUUUUCUAUUGCCUAAUCUUAGAAGUUAUCAAAUAUAUGGUCAUAUAGGUCUUUCACAUGUUUUUUUUAGAUAUGUCUUUGGUUGUUUGUUUAGAUAUGUGUUAGGUUUUUUUGGCAUU